AUGCUCCCUUCGGCUUCUUCUUCUCUUCAAGAAUCCUACCUCUGCAAUGACCCCUCGAGUCGUAUCGAAUCAUCUAAAAUGACACCCGAAGUAGAUUCAGGUCAUCGUCAAACCAGACUUCGCGCCAGACAGGCAUGCCUUCAUUGCAACCGUCGUCGCAUCCGCUGCAAUGUACUGGAGAAGCGUCCCUGCGAGAACUGCGUCGCGAUGAGCGUGCCCUGCGAGGUCGGAGUCUCGAAGAGAGGAAAGUACCCGCGCAAGAAAAACAACAAUCAUAUCCACCGGCCCACUACUCCGAGCCAUCCGAUCUCUCCGCCAGUCGUCGACUCCACCGUCUCGUCGGCUUCCCGAAAUGGAGACACGCCGUUCACGCAGUCUGAUGUCUCGCGCGUCUCCCAGCAGACUAAAAAGUGGCAGGCGCAGCAGCAUGUGAAUAGCCCCCGUGCCCCAUGGAUCUCCCCGGGGGACUCGACUAGCGUGUUCCUGGGCGAGUCGAGUCCUUUGACGUGUGUGAUUGAUGAGGGACGACGGUCGCCCGAUAAGGGGUCUAGUAAUGCGAUGCAAAAGACGCGUCUUCACUAUCCGAUUCCAGAGAGAUUGGAGUCUAGCAGUACGCGUGAUGAAGCCCUCCGGACGCACAAGGCCAAGCUGGAGGCCCAAUUGACUGCAGACGGGGCUUUUUCGUACCCCCUAACCGAGACGGUCGAGACUUUGCUACGCGCAUACUUCACCUGGUUUCAUCCCUGCUUUCCGAUCCUAGACCGCACGACCGUUCAGCAGUGUUUUGCUGAGUGCAAUGUUUCGCCGCUCCUGUUACAAGCAAUGCUUUUUAUUGGUGUCAGUCUUUGUACGGAUGAUGAGUUUGCGCGAACAGGGUUUGAGGUCCGCUAUCGAGCCAAGUUUUUGUUCUAUAGUCGGGCGAAGGCAAUCUAUGAUGCGGGCUGGGAGUCGAAUAAGACAGUUAAGUUGCAAGCUCUGUUUCUGUUGAGUUACUGGCGUGGAGGUCCCUCUGAGGAGCAGGACACGCGGUUUUGGCUCGGUGUAGCUAUCAGUUUGGCUCAGAAGCGCGGAAUGCAUAUGAUGUCGAAACUUUCCUUUACUUCAUCCCGAGAAGAGAAGUUGUGGAAACGGAUAUGGUGGGCAUUAUAUAUCCGUGACCAACAAAGCGCCUCGGCUCUUGGACUGCCCGCUCGGAUACGUGACGAGGAUUGCGACGUGGCUAUGCUUGCAGAGAACGACAUCAGGGAAGACGAGGUUGUGGAGAACCCAGAAAUCUUUGGCACCCAGAACGUGGAAGAUGUGCCGUACCCAGUCGAAAUGGCCCGACUAGCUAGGAUUUUGCGCACGAUUGUCUCUACGCAAUAUCUGCCCAUCCAAGCUUCUGUCGAUACAUCUCUUAGGCAAGAGCUUCAUAAUCAACUUACAGAAUGGGAAUCGAACAUACCCUCUAUUCUGAGGCUCGGGAAUACUGCUAGCCCUAGGGCUAUGUUCCUAACGGGAUUGCUACACACAACUCACAACUAUCUCUACGUCUUACUCUACCGAUCCUUGUUUCUCCACCCAUCCAACUCGGCCACGGACGAACUGGGCCAAAUUGCAUUGAACGCUGCCACUAAGACCACAAGGAUUAUCGAGGAUAUGCUGUCUUAUAACCUCGUCCAACAUGGUGCAACACAUUUGAUCACCCACUCGUUCUCCGCCUUGUGCAUUCAAACUAUCCAUUGCCGACGAACGACAGGCACAGCCCGGAAAUUGGCAGAACACCGCGCAAGGCUUUGUCUGCUGGGAUUACAAGAACUGCAAAAGACAUGGGACUUGGAGAACUGGGUUCUAGAUCUCUUCUUCCGUUGUCUAGACGAUUGUACGGCACGUACACUGCGAUUGACGGAUAUUAUCAACCCACCAGCUCAGCCAACACAGACUACUGGGGAUCAUACGAAUGGAGAGAAUGUGGUAAGCCAUGAGCGAGAGCCCAGGACGCCAAAUACUAUGAUGACAUCCAAUUCGAAUGACCCUACGCUCGCGCCGUCUCUUCAUGCCUCGCCAUAUGCUCCUGCUGGAGAUCUUGCAGCACCGAGUGAUUGGUACGGCUUGUUCAAUUUUACAGACGAUUUUACGGAUGUUCUCGGAAGUCCACAGUCUCAGGAGUCUCUUAAUCUACAGAAUCUGCAGUUCUUGUAUCGGUUCCUAUAA